AUGUCUUCGACAGACACGUCCGACCCUUCGACUAUGUCGAUAACGGCGAACACGGCUUCGUCAUCUUCGGCCGCUUCGACCCCUUCUCCCUCCAACUCCAGUGUUACCACGGCUCGUUCAACAUCGGCAUCGCGCCGUCCGCCCCGGAAGAGCACUCUGACCCAACAGCAGAAGAACAAUAAGCGACAACGGGCAACCCAGGAUCAGCUAGUCACUCUGGAAGUUGAGUUCAACAAGAACCCUACUCCCACGGCAGCCACGCGCGAGCGGAUCGCUCAGGAGAUCAACAUGACUGAGCGUUCGGUUCAGAUCUGGUUCCAGAACAGACGAGCCAAGAUUAAGAUGCUCGCGAAAAAGAGUAUUGAAACCGGCGAAGGCUGUGAUUCAAUUCCCGAGUCGAUGAGACAGUAUCUGGCGAUGCAAUUCGAUCCUAGCAAAGCGGGUGCGAGAGACCCAUUCGGGCGUACAGGUGCUUAUGGAACCAAUGGUGCUUACCCAAACGAGUCUGCACCCUCAGGGAAAGUCGUCAUUCAUCACUUCACCUGUCGUUCCUUGACCAUUGGAAGCUGGCGGCGCAUCGGGCAAAACGCUAUGGAUCUGGUUGUCUUCUACUCCCCCGAAAAGGCGUGCAUGACUUAUUACAUCAAUAACGAUUCUGCCGGAUACAAAAUCGAGUACCCCUUUUCCUACAUCAAGAACAUCACGCUCGAGUCGGGUGAUCCCAAUGCCCAGUCCAACGGGGCUCCCACCAGGCCCGCUGGCCUCCUCGUGGAACUCAAUCGACCUCCGUUGUUCUACAUGGAUUCGUCGAACUCGGGUGGCUUCUAUCAAUGUGGUGAUUUUACGGAGGAUCAGCAAGCGAGCCAGAUCCUGGUGCACCAUCUGGGAGGUCAUCCCAAGGUUCUGAGUGUCCAGUUGGCCAAGUUAGUGUCGCUGGAGUCUUUCCAAAACCGUCUGGCAUACAGCAACCUUGCGAUGGCACCGCCAAUGUCGCCUCAUUUCAUUCAGCGCCCUGCCUCCCAGCCGAACCAAUUCGCGCCGGCAUUCAUGAACAUGUAUCAGGAUCAGUCGACCCUGAACGUUCCAGUCGCGCGUGGUCACAAGCGGCAAAGGAGUCGUUCCGUUCCAGUUGCUGUUGACUUCUCUGCCAUGCAGAUGUCUCACUUCCCGUCUUACACCAUGUCCCAGACUCCGGCCCCAUACCAUAACGCGGACUCGGGUAUUUAUGCGCCUGUCCCUCAGUCGGCUCAACCGUUAGCCCUGAAUCUGCGCAUCGACACCUCCCCCUCGUAUGGUUUCGAUCCUCGGGGCCAUCCUAUGUCUGCUACGACCACCGGCUCUCCUUCCGACUUUGCGAGCCCGUCCAUCUUCGCCACCAGUGCGACCGGUGAGUCUACGCCGGUCGCUACGCACAUGGGCGGCCCUUCAUUUAGCCUGCCUUUUGGGGCGCCUUCGGUGGAUUCGUCCAACAUGGGGCAUGCAGUUUCUUCCUACUCGAAUGUCAGCCAUGCCGAUCCUAUGAUCGCUGAACAUUCGCCUCCCUUGUCGAACAUGGCGCAUACCCCGCAGGAUAUGUACGCCCUGGGAACCGAGCAGCAGGCCAAUUUUGCAGAUGAUGGGAUGGUUAUGAACGACAUGUUCGUGAAGCAGAGCAUGGAUUAUUCUGUCCCCACUACCAUGGGACUUGAAGGGAACACAUUCGAGCUGCCCAUGCAGACCUUGUCUGGCCAAACUUCGCCACUGCUUGCAACCGACUAUCAAAGCAUGGAGGGUGUUGAUCUCAACUCAUUGGCUCCGAGAUCAUGA